CUUAGAAACUUGGGACUAAAGGUUCUUAAACUUAGGAGGCUAGGUUGGCUAGGUUACUAGGAAGAAGACCGCCAUGGAAUGGCGUGAGGAAAAACGGAUCUAGGAGGAACUCCGACUGCAUUUAGGUAGUUACCUCGCUGACAUCAACUAGGCUUCAUACUCUUAUUCACCCAUAUCAUGGUCCCAUUUCCUCUAAGCCGACGUCUUUCUUCGUAAACGAGCAUAUGAGCACCGAGCGUGGGGAAGUCGAGCCGAUGCGGGACCGAAGACUGGGGACAAAUCCCACCUGAAUGUGCUGAACCUAGAAAAAUCUCGAUAAUUGCAGCGAGGAACAAGUUCACUGUAGCAGAUGAUGGACCCAAUCGGCAUGCUCUGAGCGGCAUCCAAUCGGCGUUCGCGGUCGGGGUUAACACGCGAGAGGGGGGAUCUUAUGAUGGAGUCCCGAAUCUUCCCGGGUGUUCUGUUCGCCGUCGCUCUGGCCUUAGCCGUUCUCUCCCCAAAGGGUCAGGAGGUGGUGGGUGGCUUGGGGAAGGGCGUGCUUGCAUGGGCAGGCGUAUCUGUGCAGGUCGCAUCUGGAGCACUGGUCAAAUCGGAUCGAAUCAAACCGGAUCACAUGGGGUCCGAUCGCUCUCACUCAGAAGAUGUGAUUGGCCAAGUGGUGGAGUUUGAACAGGAGAUUCAAGCCGUGGAGGGGAAAAGACGCCCCGGUGGAAUAGGCAUUAUCCGAGAGGGGGCGACAGGAUGGGACGACCAGAGGGGUGAACCGGUUCAAGGGGAGCAACCGAGACACCAGCAGCAGCAGCACCAGCAGCAGCAACAAGAGGAAGGGCACGAGGAACAGCAAGAGAUGCUGUUAUGGCCAGAUAGUAGGAGUGGAGCGGCUUUUGAGAUUCCCCAAAGGUCACUGCCUGAUGACAGGAGUGAGAAUGGAAGCACAGGAGGCACACGGGAAAUGGGGCGAAGCUGGUGGAGGUGGGAUGCGGGGAAGGGCGAACUGGUGCAGAGGGAAGGGCCGGAGGGGCUGGCUAACGGGCAGGAAACACUUUUGUGGCUGCCCGAGAUCGUCUAUGAGGAUCUGGAGCUCAUGGACUUAAGAUAUUUCCUGGGCCUGCACUGCCCUGCCCCUGUCUGUCCGUCCUUCUCUCGCUGCCGCACGGGCCGCAGGCAAGCAGGGAGGGUGCUGGCAUGCAAUGGGAGCGACUCCUUAUUGAGUGACUCAUUAUCGGACAGCGGUGGUUCAAACCGAAUGGCUUUGGUGGACGCUUAUCCUGUGCUCACCUCGCCGCCCCCCAACCACGUGAAGGAGAAUGCGAGCUAUGACGUGGCCGUUGCUGAGCCCUUUGCCGCACAGGUGUUUCUUUUAGAGAACGCCUUCAUCAAUGACCGAGGCAUGGUGUUUGAUGGCAUGUACCACUACCGCCAUGGGCUGCUGUGCAGGUCCUGCCCCUUGGACUUUGGCCUGUACACGGGCAACGAGACCAAGGUCCACGUGUACAGUGAGCUGCUCUCAUUGGCCAACUGGAACGGAGGCAACUUCUACCACUCGCUGCUCGAGGUUAUGCCGUCCCUGCUCUACCUGCGGCCGUUCCUGGAAGCAAAGCCGGACAUUCCAAUCCCAAUGAAGAUCGAUCAGGACAAGCACGCGCACAUGUUCUCCCUAAUUGGCAUCAACUCCUCAACUCUCAACUUCAAGACUGUACGGAAAGACCACCUCUUCUUCGCCCGCCGCCUCCUCCUACCGUCCAUUGCGCAGUGUGGCCGCCCGGCCGCCGCCCUCGUCAGGCACCUGCGCAACCACUACCUGCUCCCGCCGUCCGCGCCCAGAAUCAAAUCUCGAGAUGAGCUGGCACACUUUUCUGGUUAUGCUUCCGAUACUGCUUUAGACUCCACCGAUGCACCUACGGGUGGUGGUGGUGGUGCUGCUGCUGCUGCUCCAGAUGCUUCUACGGCUGCUGGUGCCGGUCCGGGUGGUGCUGGGGUUGCUGCAGGAGCCGGUGUGUUGGCGGUGCCUGAUUGGUGCGUGGUGGUGGGGCAGAGGGACACCACGAGGAGGAUUGUGGGGCGGACACACAUUCUGGAGGAACUAGAGGCGUUUUUCCCCAAAGAGCGGAUCGUGGUGUUUCGAGGGGACCUUCCAUUGCCAGAGGCCAAGCAGCUGUUCAACCGCGCCCGCCUCUUCAUCACCCCCCAUGGGGCUCUCAUGGCCAAUAUGGUCUUCAUGCCGCCCGGUGGAUUUGUGCUUGAAGCGAGGCCGGAAGAGUUUAAUAAUAAUCUAUACGAUUAUUUGGCUUAUGUUAGUGAUUUGCAUUAUUAUUUGGUGAAGGGUGUAGGCAGUAAGGAUACAGAUAUUAGAGUGGAUAUGGAGGAGAUGGUUGGGGUGGUGGAUGUGAUUGCGAAGAAGCUGAUAGCACAAGGGUUGUAGUGUACAUGAUGGCAUAAAAUAGUGCUCUUUAUGUACAGUGCAGCUGCUGGUGCUAAUGAGUCC